GUCCGGUGGGGUACAGGGUGUUUGGACGUCGGCUCGCACCCCUGUAGUUUUCACUCCAACCAGAGGGCAUCAAUGGUCUGUUCUUAAAGCUCUGAUUUGCCCUUCAAAUAAGGAUGUAGGCCGACAUUCAAACACCCGGUAGACCGAGAGCCCGGUAUUCGACAUCCCGAUUCACCGAGUCUCGAACUGACCUCAGCCUCGUGUGAAUCACAACCAGAUCGCAUACGGCUGGAAAAAAAGAUAAUCUUGUUUAAGAAGCGCCUACACCCUAGGACUACCUGUUUAUUACACACUGAAAGUCAUUUAUCAUGUCACACGUUCUAAGCAUCAUCGUUUUAGGGGUCGUCGCUACUGUGUUUCUCGUAUUCUGCAAGGUAGUCUACAAUAUCUAUUUCCACCCUCUCCGCCAUUACCCAGGAUCAAAGCUGUGGGCAGCCACACGAUUGACUUGGGCAAGCGCCAUGCAAUCCGGGCAUUACCACCAUAAGUUGCAUGAACUACACACCAAGUACGGUCCUAUCGUACGUAUUGCUCCUAAUGAGUUAUCUUUUGUCAGCCCGGACGCCUGGAAGGACAUAUACGGCAACCGCAACAUUCCAAAAAACAACGUUUGGACCAGCCAAGAAGAAGAGCAUCAUCCGAUUAGCAUUGUGAGUACGGAUGAAGCUACGCAUCUGCGUAAUCGAAGAGCUUUGACUGGAGCGUUUACGGAGCAUGCAAUCGCUGAGCAUGCAUAUAUUCUGGAAGACCUCGUUGGACUCAUGGUCCAGAAAUUUGGCGAGGCGGUAGCGCACGGCCAGGGCUGCGCAGUGCUCGACACUUCGAAUUGGCUGAACUUCUUGACCUUCGACAUUUCCGGUGCUUUUGCUUUUGGUGAGUCGUUCCAUAGCGUAGCCAACGGUCGCGCACAUCCGUGGGUGGAGAUCAGUUGUAACUUCGGCAAGGGCGUCGGACUCAUGGCAUCAAUCAACUUCUUCCACCCUCUAAACAAAUUAAUGAAGCUUGCAAUGCCAAAGAAUGUCAUGGAGAAGAUGAAAUACCAUAAGAGACUUGUGCACGAGAGCCUCAUGCAACGACUCGCAAUGGAGAAUAAAACGAAGGCGCUAGACUACGUUGGGUCAGUUAUGGCAUAUAAUGAAGAGAAGGGCGAAGUCAAGAUCCCCAAAGAGGAGAUUGAGGCGAAUUUGAAUAUCCUCAUCUUUACAGGGAGUGAGACGACCAGCACUGCAAUGGCUGCGAUAAUCCACCAGCUCCUUAACAGCCCAGCAGUUUUGGAAAGGGCUCAGAAAGAGAUCCGCUCUACCUUCGAUAACGAAGACCAGAUCACCGUCUCUAGCACUGCGAAGCUGGAUUACCUCUCCGCUGUCAUUCUGGAAGGGAUGAGGAUGAGUCCGCCUGCUGCCGUUGGUCCACCUCGAGUCGUGGAAAGAGAAGGAGAGAUGAUCUCAGGCCAAUAUGUACCUCGUGGAACGUUGGUCGCAGUAAACCAAUAUCCCACCUUCCGCUCAGCCUCCAACUUCACGCAUCCAGACUCCUUUAUACCCGAACGCUUCUUACCCAAGUCACCGUUUUCAUCCGAUCGACUCGACGCAUUCGAACCCUUCCUACUAGGCCGACAUAAGUGCAUUGGCCAGAGACUAGCAUGGGCGGUGCUACGUCUUACGCUAUCGAAAAUCCUAUUCACUUUUGAUACAAAGGCGGUGGAGGAGCGGGGUGAAUUCAGCGAUCAGAAGAUUUACAUUUUCUGGGAGAAGAAGCCUUUGAUGGUCGAGCUUCGGCUGAGUGGCAGUUAACUUGGAAUGACUGGGUAUAGGAUUGGGUAGGUAAGCAUUGCGUCUACUAUUGUUAGAUCGUGUGGAAUCUACUGAGAAGUUGUCUUGUACAAACAUAACUUCUAAGUGUAGGGCUGUUGCACCCCUUUCUCACUAGUUAGUUCUACUUCCUUUACCUUUACUUUUGACUGUUGGUAUCUAUCAAUUCACCUAUUGUCGUAAACCAAUAGAGAGCUUUGCAAC